UUCACUGGUUCACUUCCUAAAUGGCCACAAUGACCAGGGCUGGGCCAGAUCACAGCCAGGUGCCAGGAGCUUCUUCCAGGUGUUCCAUGUAGGUGCAGGGGCCCAAGCAUGUGGGCCAUCUACUGCUGUUUUCCCAGGCGCAUUAGUAGGGAGUUGGAUGGGAAGUGGAACAGCCAGGACUCAAACUGGCACUCAUAUGAGAUGGCAGCAUUGCAGGGGCAGCUCUACCUGCUGCGCCAGAACCCUGGCCCUGGAUCAAGCUUUCUUAGCCGCUCCUACAGAAUGCUGGUUCACAUACUAUUAAUAGCUAUUAGCAUGGAAGUAAUUUUGUGAUGAAAUAAAUCUGACCAAUGCAGUAUCUCCAUCUUGAAGAUCCAUGUGCAUCUUUUCAUAGUACAAGAUCUGAGGCUGAGGGGUAAAGAAAUGAGCUGUUAGCUUAAGCUAACCAUUUUCAAGUGUAUUUGCCCAGAACACCGUGCAUCUAACCUUUGGCCCUAACAGAACACUUGUCAACAUCUUGUGAAAUUCAGUGAAAAAUGCUCAUUUACAAGACACUGAUCUUGUUUUCGACAGAAUGCUUUUUUGAAGAGUUCGUAUUUUGAAACAGUUCUAGAGUUCAUUGAGACUGGUGCUUUUAUUUCAGAGCUGAGACACAGGGUGUUCAAGUGCUGAAUGAAAACAAACUCCUGUCCCGGACUUAGCAGCAGGACAGGGGCUGAAAACCCAGCCUGGAGCCUGGGGACGGCACUGAGCAGAUGAAUGCAUCUUCUAAGUCUGUCCAGUUUUCUUUUCAGUUUGUGUCUAUUUACAUAUUAGAAUUUGGGGGGCCGGCAUUGUGACAUAACAGGUAAAGCUGCCACCUGCGACACCAGCAUCCCAUGGGCACUGGUUUGUGUCCCAGCUGUGCCACUUCUGAUCCAGCUCCCUGCUAAUGGCCUGGGAAAAGCAGCAGAAGAUGCCCCAAGUGUUUUGGGCCCCUGACACCCAUGUGGGAGCCCCGGACAAAACUCCUGCCUCCUGUCUUUGGCCUGGCCCAACCCUGGUUGUUGAGCCCAUCUGGGGAGUGAACCAAUGGAUGGAACAGCCCUCUCUCACUCUAAUUUAACAGGACAUGCAGAGAAGGUGGGGAUUGAAAAUUUUGAGCUCCUGAAGGUCCUGGGAACUGGAGCGUACGGGAAAGUAUUUCUGGUUCGUAAAAUAAGUGGUCACGACACUGGAAAGCUGUACGCCAUGAAGGUUUUGAAGAAGGCGACCAUCGUUCAGAAGGCCAAAAGCAGGGAGCACACGAGGACGGAGCGGCAGGUCCUGGAGCACAUCAGGCAGUCGCCGUUCCUGGUGACGCUGCACUAUGCUUUCCAGACAGAGACCAAGCUCCAUCUCAUCUUAGAUUAUAUAAAUGGUGGAGAACUUUUUACUCACCUUUCUCAGAGAGAGCGGUUCACAGAGCACGAGGUGCAGAUCUACGUGGGAGAGAUCGUACUCGCCCUGGAACACCUCCACAAGUUGGGCAUUAUAUACCGUGACAUUAAGCUUGAGAAUAUUCUACUUGAUUCUAACGGCCAUGUGGUGCUGACAGAUUUUGGUCUGAGUAAGGAGUUUGUGGCUGAUGAAACUGAAAGAGCAUAUUCCUUCUGUGGAACUAUCGAGUACAUGGCGCCAGACAUCGUCCGAGGGGGAGACUCGGGACAUGACAAGGCCGUUGACUGGUGGAGCUUAGGGGUCCUGAUGUACGAGUUACUGACGGGAGCGUCUCCUUUCACUGUGGACGGGGAGAAGAACUCCCAAGCUGAGAUAUCCAGGAGAAUAUUAAAAAGUGAGCCUCCAUAUCCCCAAGAAAUGAGUGCGUUAGCCAAAGACCUACUUCAGCGCCUUCUGAUGAAGGAUCCCGAGAAGAGACUGGGCUGCGGCCCGCGGGAUGCAGAUGAAAUCAAGGAGCAUCUCUUCUUCCAGAAAAUCAACUGGGACGAUUUAGCUGCCAAAAAAGUGCCCGCGCCAUUCAAGCCGGUGAUUCGAGACGAACUGGACGUGAGCAACUUCGCCGAGGAGUUCACAGAAAUGGACCCCACCUAUUCCCCCGCAGCCCUGCCCCAGAGCUCCGAGAGGCUGUUCCAGGGCUAUUCUUUCGUGGCUCCUUCUAUCCUCUUCAAGCGGAAUGCAGCCGUCAUCGAUCCGCUGCAGUUCCACGUGGGAGUCGAGCGCCCUGGAGCGACCAACGUUGCCCGGAGUGCGAUGAUGAAGGACUCUCCAUUCUACCAACACUAUGACCUAGAUCUCAAAGACAAACCACUGGGAGAAGGAAGUUUUUCUAUUUGUCGAAAGUGUGUGCACAAAAAAAGUAGCCAAGCAUUCGCCGUCAAAAUAAUCAGCAAGAGGAUGGAAGCCAAUACUCAGAAAGAAAUAACAGCUCUGAAACUCUGUGAAGGACACCCCAAUAUCGUGAAGCUGCAUGAAGUGUUUCACGAUCAGCUUCACACGUUCCUCGUCAUGGAGCUGCUGAGCGGGGGAGAGCUGUUUGAGCGCAUCAAGAAGAAGCAGCACUUCAGCGAGACCGAGGCCAGCUACAUCAUGCGGAAGCUGGUGUCCGCCGUCAGCCACAUGCACGACGUCGGAGUGGUGCACAGAGACCUAAAGCCCGAGAAUCUCUUGUUCACGGACGAAAACGACAACUUGGAAAUUAAAGUGAUUGACUUCGGGUUCGCCCGGCUGAAGCCGCCUGACAAUCAGCCCCUGAAGACCCCGUGCUUCACGCUGCACUACGCCGCCCCCGAGCUCCUGAACCACAACGGCUACGACGAGUCGUGCGACCUGUGGAGCCUGGGCGUCAUCCUGUAUACGAUGCUGUCAGGGCAGGUUCCAUUCCAGUCCCAUGACAGAAGUCUGACGUGUACCAGUGCCGUGGAGAUUAUGAAGAAAAUUAAAAAGGGAGAUUUCUCCUUUGAAGGAGAAGCCUGGAAGAACGUAUCCCAAGAGGCUAAAGAUUUGAUCCAAGGACUUCUCACAGUUGAUCCAAAUAAAAGGCUUAAAAUGUCUGGCUUGAGAUACAACGAAUGGCUUCAAGAUGGCAGUCAGCUGUCUUCCAACCCCCUGAUGACGCCCGACAUCCUGGGGUCUUCCGGAGCUGCCGUGCACACCUGUGUCAAAGCAACCUUCCACGCCUUCAACAAGUACAAGCGAGAGGGCUUCUGCCUGCAGACGGUGGAUAAGGCCCCGCUGGCCAAGAGGCGCAAGAUGAAGAAGACCAGCACCAGCACCGAGACGCGCAGCAGCUCCAGCGAGAGCUCCCACUCGUCGUCCUCGCACUCGCACGGCAAGACCACGCCCACGGCGGCGCUGCCGCCCAGCCAGCCCGACGGCGGCCCCAGCGACGGCCUCUUCCAGUUCUCCGACUGAGGACCGCGCCCGCCGGGGCCGAGCCCUGUGCUUCUGAACUCCCGGCCCGGGGGUCUCCUGGGAUCUGCCUCGCGGGAAGCUUUUCCGGAAAACCUCUGAGGUUAUCCUCGUCCCAAAGCACUGGAGCAGGAAGGUUACUGUGAACCGGGCGCCGUGGCGCCUCGUGGCGGCCGAGCAUGGCGCCGCCCGAGGGUUUGGAAGGAGCAAGGCGGGUCUGCCGACUGCGCAGGCGCGGCCGCCGCGGGGCCUUGUGGGCGUCACGUGGGGUGCGCGCCCUGGGCGGCGCGGAGGUCCUCGGAGGCGGUUGCGUGAGGAACUGUAUGUGUGACUUUUGCCUAUUUCUCGAGAGAGAGUUUUAACUUAUUUUUAUUUUAUGGUUAUGUAUGAUGGUAACUUGCUAUUAUUAAUCUGUUUCUUAAAAAGUUUUAAAAAGAUUUAAGAAUUUAGGUCCCGUGCGCCGUGUCGGGGACCCACGUGAGAUGCAUGCUAAGCGCCGUCUGUUUUUAAUUUUGCACUGUUCUUUCCUGGCGACUGGGUUUAAUGGCUGUUGCAAGAAAUUAAGGUACAUGUCUGUUGUAAGUAAUACUGCACUUUAUAGAGGAGCGGGAGUAAAGAAAACGGACUGUAAAGUGCCCUGUUGGAAGCGUAUGUACUGUGUCUUCGCCAUCUCCUGUCAUGUUUGCAUCUGUCUCCGGUCCCUCUCCGCUUCGUGCAGACCGGGCGUGUGUGUGACGCGCUCUCGCCCUUCGACACCAAUGUGAGGAAAACCUAAAGGGAAAUUUACUGAACACUGUGCUCAUAUUCGUACACUGUGUUGUACUACAGUGAGCGCUUUCCUCCUGUAGUCGGAUAUUAUGUACAUACUAUUUUAGGAUCAUACCUAUGACUUGUUUGGACAUUUUGCUGUUAAUUUUUAAAUCCAGAAAGCAUAUUUUAUAAACUUAAGCAGAGCACUUUUACUGCUCAAGCUCUGAAUUCAUAUAGCCAAGUGCUGUGCGAUAGACGUUAGACUGAAGGUUGCUGCAUUUAAAACACAGUUCAUUCCCUAUGCAAAAAAAAACAGUGACAGGAUUUGUAUGUUGUGUUUCUGUUAAAGCCAUCACACGAAAUAUCAGGACUGAGAAGUGAUCUUUGCUGUGUGUUUACAGGAAUUGCGUUUAAACAUAUAAUGCCCAAUGUGUUCAUUUCAUAGUUUUUGUCAAUGAUAACCUCUUGAGCAUUAGUUUGGAAUUUGGGCAUGAUAUUUAUUUAUUCCUUUCUUGACGUAAUAGCAGCAUUAAUUUCAAUCAGUUAGGAAUACUAAAAAGGAUUGCACUCUAUGUAUUAGUGUAUUUAUUACUAAAUCAAUGUAUAUAUUAAUAGCUCAGGCAAAAAAAGGCAAAUAUUAAAAUAUUUUGAAAAUAAUGUAUUAUCCUGUUCACAUUUUUGUCCACAGUGCUUGUUGGGUGUAACUUUUUUAUACUUUUCACUGCCCCAAAUGGUUACAUAAUUCUGAUUGAAUUAAUGAAAGUUUUGUGCUCCUGGCUUUCAGUCAUUCCUAGUAAUGAUGGGAAAUUUUGUGUGAAUUAUUACCAAAACAAUGGCUGAUUCAGAAAAUGUGAUGUCAUCAGGCACAGAUUUGUAACAAUCAAGAAAGCAUCUAUUGAUAUUUACAUUGGCUACAUCUAGAAAUGUGUAAGUGAGCUCCUCAAGUCUUGCUAGAAAAUGCUAGUUGGAAAGUCCAAACCACAGAGACUGUUUUGAUAAUAGAAGUUGGUCCCUAAAAAAGCAGUAUACCCCUGAUGGUCAGGGAUGAGAUCCACUCACUGUGAUGGUGGCAACUGAUGGGGUUGCUUGUCUUUAAUUUCCCUUGGGUCUCCUACUGGGGCACUUGACAGUGAAGCUGUAGGAAGGCAGCAGAGUGGGAGGGGCAGGUGAGGCCACUGGACCGAGGGGCCCGCCUGGGUAAUCCAGAAAGCCCCCAGGGAACACUCAGUGCGCCUCGCUUUGUCAGGUGCCCUCGCAGAAAACCAGAAAGACGCCCUCUGCUGUGCGUCGCGGCGGCCAAGUCGUGUGCGGUCUCUAAGACUCACCAAGCUCUUCAUUUAGUCACAUCAGAAAUAAACACUGAAAAAUACUGAUUAUCAAAGUGUCGCAUGAAAGGACUCUUUAUUGCUAUAAGUAGUAAAAUGAAGUAGAUGUAACGAAAAUAAAUACAACACUGAAUUCUCUUUAUGACAUUAAUUUCAGGGCUUCCUCCCUUCUUGAUGAGAUUAGAUACAGUUUUCAUACCAACGUAAAUUCUGAUUUUGUAAUUACUUAUGCCUAAUACAUUGAGAGUCAAGAAUAAGAAAAUGAAGACAAUAGAGGAAACAAAUUAAGAAAGACCAGUUUCUUCUAAUUAGUAACCCGGAUUCUGGCUGAAUGAGGUAAAUUCACUAUUUUGAAAUUCAGUAAUUUUUCCAAACCUCUAUAAAAUAAGAAAUCACAGAACUACUAGAAUAGAAAAAAUCAGUCUUCUGAGUUAAUUUAAGCAUACAGGUCUCUCUUGGAGUCACAGAUUUCAUUUAUCCAUCCAAGACUGCUUCUUGUUUUUUGUUUUUGUUUUUGUUUUUGUUUUUACAUUGCAGCUGAUUUCUUAAGUAUGUAAAUGGCUGCAUUUUAAAUAUAAGGUAAAUUAUUUUAAAGAAGCCUACUAGGAUAGCAUUGGGGACUUUUUUUAAAAAAAGAUACAAACCCUACUGUAUCUCACUUUAUUUUUUUAAUAGUAUAUUCUCAAAUACUUUAUGGAAGUAUUUGUUUUAUUAUCUAGUUUUUCAUCGUGCCCCAUUUCAGACACCUGUUUUUGUCAUAUUUAUUAAGGACAGAGUGCUUUGCAAUGUUGAAAAUUUCUAAAUUACUGAUUCUACAAGUAUGCAUGACUUUCAACAUUUUUGGCACCAAAAUAAACAUUUUAAUUCCAUUUUCCACAAACUGUGAAGUACCCUCAUACGUAUGCCUUAGAGCACUUGAUGUAUAACCUUGGGGUUCUCCCAGUGGUCCAGGCUGAGUAUCUUUAUCCAAAAUACUUGGGACCAGAAAUGUUCUGGAUUUUAGAUUUUUUUUCAGAGUUUGGAAUAUUUGCAUAUAUGUGAGAUAUUUUGGGAGUGGCACCCAAAUCUAAACAGAGAAUUCAUUUUUGUUUCAUAUGUAUCUUACACACAUAGUCUAAAGGUAAUUUUAUACGGCACUUCCAGUGUGUCUGCAUUUUGACUGCAACCCAUUACGAGAGGUCAGCUGUGGAAUUUUCUAGUUGUGGAUCAUGUUGAUCCUCAAAAAGUUGUGGAUUUUGGAACUUCUCAGAGUUUGGAUGAUCAGAUUAAGGAUGUUCAGCUAGUAGCACGAUUUGAGUGGUAACACUUGCAGUAUUUCUUGAUAUCUAAGUAAGUUAAAUCCAGAAAUGCCAUUUACAUGAUGUCAAAAUAGUUGUCUUUUAAGUAAAUUACCAUAAUGAGGUAUCUUAAAAUGUCUUUGAACUAUCUGACACCCUAACACCCCAGUUUCUGGUCUUCAGUUAGUUGUAUCCCCCACGUUAGUGGCCAUCAACACUUGAUACCUUUGUCUGUCACUGAAAUGAAUGGGAGAGGCUCUAGUGAAAUUUGGAAUUCAAAUGUAAAAUUAUUGUAAAACCCAAGAAUGAAACAAAAACUUAGAUCAACAGAGGAAGUAUGUAUCAAGUAUUUUAAAUGGAAACGACUGAAAGAUAAUUGCAACUCCAGCAAUAUAAACUUUUAUUAGCUGUCUUGUUAGGGAGCGCCACUCCAAAUUGUGACGUUCUUCAGAGAGAAUAUUUUAUGUAAUUGUGGUUUUUAGGGGAAAAGGAUAUUUUCAAAGAGGUAACAUCUUCUUAACAUUUUAUAAGUCUCACUCCAGUCUUCAGCUUCAGCACUGCUUACUUUUGGGUUUUCUAAACUAUUUCUUCUGUGCUCUUGGCGUUGUGUGCCCAGCGCCCUGAUACAUCCGGUAAGCAGUCGCUGGCUGUUCCCAAAGCUCUGCCACCCACGGCUGCUGUUUCUUGACUGAACCAAGCAAUGCCAUUGCUGAAAUGUUUUCCUUAGGUGAAAGGAGGAAGAAACUGCCGUGGCUGCCUAAUGUCUGUGUCUUAGCGUCUUCCUAGGGGUGAACAACGGGUGCUAGUUGUUGCCAGCUGUGUCCUGUUCCUUAUUACUUCUAACCACAGGGCAAAACGCUGAUAUUUCGUGUUUGGAAAGAGACUUCUAUUACAAGACAACAGUCUUGUACUAAAUAAUAAGGUUACCCAUCAGGCUUGAUUCUCCUGGUGUGUUUCUGCUGGGAUAGACAGAGGGACAGAUGGUCGUGCUUUGCUGGUUUCAGUGCUACUUGAGUGACGAAAGCUACUGUGUAAUGCCGUGGCUGCUGCUGAGAGCCAGGAAAGUGGGACAGUGUGUUGCACUGUGUUUCCUUUCCAUUCGUUUCUGUUGUAUAACACUUUUCAUUUGUAUUGUCUCAUAAAAUUUGUCCCUUAAACAAAAAGUCCAGUUUCAUUUUUGUUCCUUUCAUAUGUUGAGCAGUUUCUAAAUCUCAUUUAUAUUUUGAAGUCCUCCUAACUUAAAAAAAGAACAAAACAGAAAUAAUAAAUGUCAUGACUUAAAAAAGGAAAUUUAAGUUAUAUUAGUAGAAUGCCGUGGUUUCAUUCCCUAGCGGUUUCUACUUAGAGACAGACUGAACAAGUCAUUUCUCUUUGCUUUAUUUUAAAAUCCAGUAAGAGGAAACCGGCCUGCAGUUUUAAAGUGCAGUUCUGUUAGUAACUGUACGAGGCUGGCCCUGUUCAGUGUGCCUCGCUGUGUUGGAAGGGGUCUGUGACAGUUACCACUAAAGACCUGUUGCUGGGGGUGACGUUUGGCCUCGUUGUUAAGACACCCACAUCUCUUACCGGAGUUGCCUGUGUUUGAGCCCCGGGUCCAACUGCCAAUGCCAGCUUCGUGUUAGCAUAGAACCUGGGAGGCAACAGUGAUGGCCAAAGCAGUUGGGUUCCUGCCCGGCGACAGGGAAGACAUGGAUUGGGUUCCUGGCCCAGCUGUGCUGUGGAGAGUGCAUCUGGAGAGUGAACCAGCAGUAGAUGGGGGCUCUGUCUCUGCUCCUUAACAACAACAAUGAGCUACUGCUAUGGUGGAUCUUCGAGUAUGCAGAGUAGGUUUUUCAUUUUAGAAAGUUUUUAUGUAUUUGAGAUGCAGAGGGAGACAAAGAGCUCCCGUCUCUGGUUCACUCCCCACAUGCCGGUAACAGGACUGGGACUGAAGCUGAAGCCUGGACCUUGGUCCGGGUCUCUGACGUGGGUGGCAGGAGCUCAGGCACUUGUGCCAUCACUGCUGGCUCCAAGGUCUUGGUACUGUACCACUAUCCCAUUGGCUAAAAUUACAAAUCCCAGUACGAGGAAUGACUGAAUAUACAAUAAUUCUCAUUCUUUGGUGAGUAAGAAAGGAAGCAUAGGGUGCUUUAUCACAUAAAACGUUAAUGCUUCAGUACUAACAGUUUGAAAAGAAUCCCUAAUAACUGAUAACUUGGCUGGCAUGGGUUGUUGAAACGAAGAGGGAAACACAUACACAUAGCUAGAGGAAUUUCUGGCAUUUUACUAUGUAGCUGGUAGAUAUACUUCUGUCUAAAUGAUAGGCAUCCUUAGGUGUGGAAUUGAAAUCUGGUUGAGAGUAAUUUAAGCUGCAACAAUCUAAGUAGCUGUUCUUCCACAGCUUUACAGACAUAAGAAUUUGUCUUCCUGGAAAGCAUAUGGAAGAUGAAAAACGCUAUUUGUUUUGUUCUCUGUGGACAGUCGAGUAAAAAGAUCAUCAAGCUUCAGCUCCAGGGAAUGCCGUCCCCGUCCCCUGCGUGUGGGUUUUGUUCCUUGACCACGUCUGCGGAGUCCACACUCCGUGCGUGCCUCUUGCGUGAAGUUUGCUUUGCUGUAGUGGUCCACACACAUCCACGUAAACCCACGCUGAGUACUUCUGUGAGUCUCCAGUCUGAUGUACAUGGAUAGACUGUAAUUAAAAUCAGAGACACAAAGACUUGAUUGGGACAGAGAACAGGAACGUGAGAUGACUGGGACAGAGAACAGGAACGUGAGAUGAGGGGCUGGCAUUACGGUGUAGCAAGCUAAGCUGCUGCCUGUGACUCAGCAUCCCAUAUGGGCACUGGUUCAUAUCCUGGCUGCUCUGCUUCCCACCCAGCUCCCUGCUAAUGCACCUGGGAAAGCAGCAGAAGGUGGUCCAGGUGCUUGGUCCUCGGCCACUCACGUGGGAGACAUGGAGGAAGCUCCUGGCUCAGCACUGGCCAUACAGGCAUUUAGGGAAUGAAACAGUGGAUGGAAGAGCUUUCUCCCUCUGUGUCUCUCCUCCUCUCUCUAACCCUGCCUUUCAAAUAGAUAAAUAAAUCUUUAAAAAUAAGAAAAACGUGGGAUGAAAAUCAUUUAGGAAUAAGGAAAUACGGUGCUGUUGUGAGAUGAAAUGAGUGGCUUUAACUCUAAGAUAUGAAAAUGCGAUUCCAGUGGCUAUAUUUUUUAAAAUGUUGUCUACUCUGGGAGUGAGGGAACAUGUUGGGGUUUUUUAAAUUACUAUAAAGAGAAUGAUUUUGUUGCAUUCCAUAGGGGCAGUUCCAAGAAGACAACCACAGUUCCCCCACUCCCUUGCUCCCCCCAAUCUCCAUCCCUCUCUCCAUCAGUUUUGCAGACACAUAACUUCAAUCCAUGCUGUAUUCACAUGCUUAAUUUGCUACUGAUCCUAUAUCCAAGCAGUAAAAAGUAAGACUGUGUUCCACAGGAGUAGUAACACGAGCUGAAAAUGACAGUUGUAUCCCAAAGUGACCAUUUCAUUCCUGUACAUUUUUCUGUAUUCCAUAUUAGUUGCCACUUACCAGAGAAAAUAUGAUAUCUGCCUUUUUGAGACUGGCUUAUUUCACUAAGUGUAAUGGCUUCCAGUUGCAUCAAUUUUGUUGCAAAACAGAGUAUUCAUUUUUAUGGCUGAGUAGUAUUCCGUAGUGUAUAUAUACCACAUUUCUUCAUCCAGCCAUCGGUUGAUGGACAUCUGAGUUGAUUCCAUAUCUUAGCUGUUGUGAGUUGAGCUGCAGUAAACGUGGGAGUGCAAAAUAACUCUUUCACAUGCUGACUUAAUUCCCUUUGGGAAAGUUCCCAGGAGUAGGAUGGCUGUGUCUUACAGUCGAUCUGUUUCAGAUCUCUGAGGAAUCUCCAUACAGCCUUGAAGGAACUUGUUUAACGUGUCCACAUGGGCUGUCUCAGGAGGUCCUUUUCUCCCAGGAGGCACAUGUGGUAACUUUCUCCUCUUUGCUUCCCCAACUCCCCCAACUUUUUCCAGUGUUCCAUGCCCUGACCAUGGACACUGCAU